AAUUCUUUACUUGGAAAUGUGUUCAUGUGUGACUUCCCAUAUCAUGUGGGUUUAGUGAGUGCAGUCAGCUCUCACCCACAUUCAAAAUAGAGAUCGGUAAGAACAGAGAGAGAACAGGAAACAGUGCAGCUCUCGUAUUCAGAUAGGACAGUAGACUAGACUCGUAAGCUUCAUAACUGCAACUCCUAGAUUAACUCCUUUAGGUGUGUCAACUUUGUUUUCCAGACUUCAGAUGACUAGACACAGCCGACUGGAAGGGCAAAUAAGUUUCAGGAUGUUGAACAGCUUUCCCUGACCACAUCUGACCCCACAUCCACAAAUCUGAAGUAAAGCAUGGAGGUAGUCAGCGUGGAGCACGAGUUUGAAUACACCACCAAAAACGGCCGCCACAUCUCCAUCAAACCCAACGAGAGCUUCCUCCUCAUCGCCAAAACCAACGAGUACUGGUGGCACGUGCGCAAAGACCUGGACUCCAAACCUUUUUACGUCCCUGCACAGUACAUGAAGAAUUCCCAAGUGGACAAAGAAAAUGCAAAAGAUACAAGUGUUCCGAACAGCACCGAAGAGAAAUCUGAAAAAAGUGCUUUGAAAGAUAAAAAUAGUUUGAUGCCACCGAGAAGCUCAUUCGGACAAAAAUAUAGGUUUUCAACUUUUGGAUUGUGUCUGCCAGAUGACGAUCCAAUAGACCAAGUCCCUCCAGUUCGAAGUAUUAGUUUUACACAUAACUUAAACGAAUCCUCUUCAAAUUCUGAUGCUCGUGACUUCAGCCUGUAUGCUAAACCUCAGCCUAAACUUGAAGACCACAAACAGCCAAAAAACUCUGGAAAUGAAGAAGUGAAACUGCAAAUGCAAACUGUCAAACACAAGCUAGAAACAAUGGAAGAUGACAGCUUUGAAUUCCCUGACCCCCCAACACCUACUCUAUUUACUGAAGAAGGAUUACCAAAUUUUAACCAAGAAUCUGAGUCUAAACCUGAAUCAAAUGAAGCACAAAAAGAUGGAGUUAUAAAGAAAAAAGAAACUGGGAAAAAGAGUGAAACAAAAGCUCGUCCUGCAGCCCCACCACUCAGGAACAAGGUAGACAAUGACCAUACAGCUGUUUACGUCAACGUAGCCCAGGUCCGAAAGAGCAUCUCCGCCCUCCCUCCCUCUGCCCCUCCCUCUUUCUCUCCGUCCUCUCCGUCCUUCCUCGACCCCGAAGGAUGGGAGGUCCACUUUGACCAGGACAGCGGCCAGGACUACUACUACCACCCUGCCACGGGAGAAACCACCUGGGACAACCCCUUCACAGACUCCUCCCCCUCCGAACUUAAGCCCCACCCUCACUCUCCGUCGCCUCCGCAGUCUCCAACAGUUUCCCCGGCCUCGCCCUCCUCCGACUGGGAAGAGUUGGUGGAUGAGAGAAGUGGUCGGACCUACUUUUACAACCCGAUGUCUGGGGAGACGUCUUGGGACCCGCCCAUGAUGGAGCCUAUGAGCGUGCACAGAUUUCACGAGGACGGCCCGCCGCCUCUUCCUGAAGAGGACUACCCCCUGGAGGACUAUCCCCCUGUGGACCCCCCAGAGCAGUACGAGGACUGUGUGGCGGCCGGACCCUCUCCCACCUCUCCCACCUUUCCCUCUGACUUCAGCCUGAGUCAUGUGACCCGCACUGUGAUCCCACGCGCCUCUCUGGACCGCAGCACCCCGUCAGGCUGGAACCUCACCGUGGAGGCCAAUGGGACCUGGGUCUUCACCAACGAACACACGCCCGAGCAAUGGAUCAAGUCAGUGGAUGAACAGGGCCAGACCUACUAUUAUCUAAGAGACGGCUCUAAAUCACAGUGGACCCUUCCAGAGGCACCUUUCUCUUCUGGACAUUUGCGUGUGGAGAACGGGGGACUCGAACCCGAAAACCCAAAUGUGAUUAAAAACUGGAGACACAGUAUGGGGCCAGCUACUCUGAGCCAAGGCCAGGACGACGGGAGGUUCGUCGCCACUCACAGAAGAACCACGUCCGACUACAGCAGCGACAGCUCCAGCACUGGAAACUCACCAGAAAUUCAGCACAAUGUGCAGAAUCUGGAAAAAGCUGGAAUUCUCAACAAAACUAAAAUAUGUGAAAAUGGAAAGAAAGUGAGGAAAAACUGGGCUCAGACUUGGACAGUUCUUCAACAUGGAGUUCUGACAUUUCACAAAGACCCAAAAUCGGCAACAACAGGAGCCUCGAACAAGACUAAUCAGAUCGUGCCUGAGAUUCAAGUGGAUUUGAGAGGAGCCACCAUCAACUGGGCGUCCAAGGACAAAUCCAGCAAGAAGAAUGUCCUAGAGUUGAAAAGUAAGAAUGGUGCAGAGUUUCUGAUACAAUACGAUACAGAGAGCAUCAUCAGCGACUGGCACAAAGCCCUCGGGGACACAAUAAAACAACUGGAAUACCAGGAGCAUCACUCAGAGGAGGAGGACAAUGACCUCUACGAGAAAAUCCCUAAUCUCCCGACAAUCGAGCGAGAAGAGAAACAAGUCUUACAGGAGAAGAAAAGAGCCGCCAGGGCCAGUGUCACUAGCUCGUCCAGUAACGCGGCGGAGGCGGAUCAGAAGAGAGUCCGAACCAAGCUCAUGAAGUUCCUGCUUAAACGCCCCACACUGCAGUCAGUCAAAGAGAAGGGCUACAUCAGAGACAAUGUGUUUGGGUGCCAUCUGGCCACUCUGUGCAGUUUGGAGAAGAGCUCAGUGCCCAGUUUUGUGGAGAAGUGCAUCAGGGCAGUCGAGAGGAGAGGUCUGGACAUUGAUGGUCUCUACAGAGUCAGUGGAAAUCUUGCUGUUAUUCAGAAACUACGCUUCAAAGCUGAUCACGAGGAGUUGGACCUGGAGGACGGGCAGUGGGAGGACGUGCAUGUGAUCACAGGAGCUCUCAAGCUGUUCUUCAGAGAGCUUCCUGAGCCACUUUUCCCCUUCAGUCACUUUAACAAAUUCAUAGAAGCUAUCAGACAACAGGACUAUAACAUGAAGUUGUCUUACAUUUGUAAUCUGGUCAAAUCUCUGCCUCAACCAAACCACGACACCAUGAAGCUCCUGUUUGAACAUUUACGCAAUGUGAUUGACUAUGGAGAGGACAAUCGGAUGACUGUGCAAAACGUGGCAAUAGUGUUUGGACCAACUCUGCUUCGACCUGAGAAUGAGUCCAGCAAUCUCACGAUGCAUAUGGUCUUUCAAAACCAGAUCGUGGAGUUUAUCUUGAAUGAAUAUGACCGAAUUUUCAACUGAAACUGAAAUAUGAAAGAGAAGAGUGAUACAUACAAGCAUUAUAUAGCUAUUUGAAGGAAAGAUGGAAAACUGAAAGGAUCCACUAGUUGGUAAAUUUACUGUGCAAAAAGACAGUAUUGUGCUUGAAAUCAAACCACACAUUUGGUUUAAGAAUUUUGCAGUUUUUGAGAUUGUAGCUUUCUAAUUCUCACAAGUCACUUUCAGCUGAGUUUAACUUCUUCUUCUAAAAAUAGUUGUAUUACAAUCCAAUACAGCGCAGUGCAUUAAGUUUCUAUGUGAAAUAGUACAAUCAUUUUCCUUAUUUUAGGUUAAUAUUUCUGCUUUACAGCACGGUUUACUGUAUAUUUUCAAUAACUGAGAUGUUUGCCUCUUGCCUACUUAAACUGUUGAUGUAAUAUAGGAAUGUAAAAAGAAAUAUUAUUAACUUGUAAUAUAGACAUCAUAUCCUUCAACGUAUAGAUUUAUUUACAAAUAUGUACACAAGGAAUUACAGUCAUGCUGUACUGUACAAUAACAUAGACAAAUAUGAAUUAACUUAGGCUAUAUUUUGGUCAUGAAGUCAAAACAUAAAUAAUAUGAAUUUCUGUAAAUAGACAUAGAAAGCAUAUGUAUUUAUGCUGUGAAAUGUGUCAUUCAAAUAAUAAAGUAACUUUGUUUAAUAAA